AUGCAGAUUGAAGGCAAAAAAACUACUGUGGUAUCGAUGCGGGCGUGGUGUGUUGCAUGGUGGCAUUCAGGACGUGAUGAUCUUGAAGAUACUGAGCCAGAGGAGGAGCCAUCAGAUCAGGGCUACGCCACCCCUGUGUCUGUCGAGACGCCUUUGCAAAGUUCUGUCUCCAGAUGCACGUCCUUAAACGUCAUCAGAGAUCCAUACGCUGCAAGGGGUGGCUCAGGUGGGUCGUCUGGUCCUGACGGUGGGACCUCCCCUCUCCGCAGGACGUACGAGCCACCACCUGGGUCAAUGCCGGCGGCCCGAGACAGCCGCUCCCUCCCACCUAACACAAGAAUCAACACUACUACCUCACCAGCAACAAAGUCAGCAUCCGCCGAUUCAGUUUACACGAUCGUCAUUAGGUUACCAGAUGCAGACUCUGACAGGGCUACAAUAAAAAUGAUUACAGAAGAAUCGCCGCCUUCAAACACAAGAACACAUUACAGACCACCUACUAGAGGUGAUUCAGAGCUUAAUUUACAUCCGGCUGGGCAUCCAGCAUUAACGAGGAGAACAUCCCACAUACAGGAUGUCAGAAUACCUCUCAAUGCAAAAAUAAUUCCAAAACAAUUAGCAUCUAAAGGGAUAACGUCAAAACAACCUAAAAAGAAGAAGACUCAGGAGAAGAAACAAGAGACGAAAGCUGCUAAGACGUUAUCUGCUAUCCUGCUCUCAUUUAUAAUUACUUGGACGCCUUAUAACAUUCUUGUGUUGCUCAAACCUUUGACGGCAUGCACAAAGUGUAUACCGGAUGAACUUUGGUCAUUUUUUUAUGCACUGUGCUACAUCAACUCCACCAUAAAUCCUGUAUGCUAUGCUUUGUGUAAUGCAACAUUUAGAAGAACUUACGUAAGAAUUUUAUCUUGUAAAUGGCACAACAGGAACAGAGAAGCAAUGACUAGAGGGGUUUACAAUUAA